UUCAAACUUAGCGUAUAUGUUUGUCGAUAGUAACAUAUUCUAUCUUAGCGCUCGUUCUCUUGGACCUGAUUUGCGUUAGUCUCUGAGUUCAAUGAAUAAAGUUCAGUUGAAUUAUCAUUUGGUGUUGUUCAGAAUCAUCUGGCUCUUACAUCAUUUUCAAAUCACUUCUGGAGGAUCGUACCGUAUUAUCAAUGGAACGAAUGCAGCUAUCACUCAGUUUCCGUAUCUGGUGUCGAUACAGAGAAACGCAGGUGGCCAAAAGAAGCAUAUUUGUGGUGGAGCUUUCAUCAGCAAUAAGUGGAUUCUGACUGCGGCUCAUUGUUUACAAGAUGAGACAGCGAAAGGUUUGGUCAUUCGUGCAGAAUCAUCAUUUCACGAUAGGGGAGGAGUGCUACUACGGGUCGCAGAAAUAAUUCAGCACGCGAAAUUCAAUCCCAACUACAGCAAGGAUUAUGACUAUGGGCUGAUACGUCUGAGAAAUUCUUUCGAAAGAGCUGUCUCAGCGCAUCUGAAAAAGGGCCCCAAACGUUUUCCACCGGGUCGGCUCUGUCAGGUGAUGGGCUGGGGCAAAACCAGUUACUCUGACGAUAGCAGGAGAGUGCUAUCGAUUUCGGUGCCAAUAGUUAAACAAAGUAUUUGUCGGUCGGCAUACAUGAUGGUGGAUACAAUUACACCGCAAAUGCUGUGUGCAGGUUACAGUACCGGGGAAAAGGACGCUUGCGAGGGUGAUUCUGGUGGACCAUUCAUAUGUAGAGGGGUCCUGACUGGCAUAACAUCCUGGGCGGAAGGAUGUGCAGAAAAAGGAUUUUAUGGAGUGUAUAGUUACAUUACACCAGUUCGAACUUGGAUACGAAAUAAAACGGGGGUAUGAAAACAAUUUAGCUCUAGUAUUAAACCAUCGAUUUUCUGUGAAUUCCCAUAAAACGAGAAUAACAGUGGCAGCAUUGAUUAAGACUUGAUGAUAUUGGGGAUUGAGACAUUCUUCAAGAAUUUGUCAUUAUUUACAAUUGUAACGUCAUCUGAUUCACCAUCGUAAUCAUAGUUAGAGUUUAGUUAUUUAGAUCUACAAGCGCAACGAAUGAUCAUUCGAAAUUUGUGAACAAAGUUUUUACAAUUUCAUGGAGUUCUUUCAACUUAAGUCCAGCGGCUAUUUGAGAUUAUUCGAUAACUCUCUUGAAUGCCGGUGAUCGGAUCUACAAGAGCGACAUUUAUAACCAUAUAGUCUAUUGGAACUACAAGUCAAGCUUUGGGUUCAAUACCCGUGUCCAAUAAGC